UACUGCUUGCUGCUGCUUCGACUCUCCCACCAGUGAAUGAAUCUGACAAUGACUGUUUUAGAAAAUAUUACAUGAGAAUAACCACCUGAUCGACGUAGCUUUGUCUUCUUCAUGCGCAACCAGACUUCCAGAAAACCUGUGCCGUGAACCUGUGAUCUUCUGCUUUGUUUGAUACGGUGAUACCCAAGCUUCUAUUGAGGUCCGACCUUCUCCCCAUUCAAAUUCUCUAUUCUCAAGAAUCUCUUGAUUCUCGUGUUGUCUGUCGGUCUGAUUGAGCACUGGCCUUGAUUCACUUGCAGGUGAGUCAAAGGGACACCCACCAUGGCGGAGACGGAACCAUCAUACAUCGACUAUGAGGCCUUUCUAGACCCCGACUUUUCACCCGCCUCGUUCGCCAACUCCCUUGUUGUGGCCACCAACAAUGCGACAGAUACACCGCUGGAUUUGUCUACCCCGCUUUCGCGGGUUUUGUUCGAUCUCCAAGAGAUCGACACCCACAUCCAUGCCCUGACCACCAAAUCAGCUCUCCCCUUGCUGACGCACACGCGCGACCAGACCCAGGCGGCCAGUCAUAUCCUCAAAGAGACCGAGGACCAGAUUGCCUCCGUCACGCAGGGGUAUGAACGACUCGAGAAAGAAGUCUUCAGCAAGUGGGAGGCCGCCGACGAGGCCCGAGUGGCUGCAGAGCAGUCCCUAGCCACCGUGCGACUCGCACGAGCCGUGGCGCGCUGCUUGUCACUCGGCAGGCAGCUCGAAAGUCAGCUUGCAGAGAUCGGGGGCAUCGAAGGGACGACCUCCCCCGUCACCGGCAGAGAUGAUUACCGGACGCUGGAGCGCGCUGCCUCCACCAUCGUCAGUCUACGUCGAAUGCUGUCGGAGACCGGCCCGGGCGAGGAAGGCCACGGACUGGACCGUGUCAAGGUCGUCCGCACCCUGCGCGCGGAGCUCGUCCUUCCGGCCGAGAACAUGGUCAAGGCGCGCGCGCAGCAGGCCAUUACGCGGUUCUCCAUGUCCAAUAUCUCCGGCGGCGGCGCCAGCUCCCAGACGCAGUCGGGCUACCGGCAAGCGCGCGAUGCGCGAGCCCGCCUGGUGUCCGCCGUCAAUAUCUUGUACUUACUAUCGCCGGUGCCCAAGACGUUGAGCUCCGCGGCGGACUUCGUCCCCGAGCUCCUCCUCUCUACGCUGCAAGGUUACAUGCACACCGCCAUCUCCACCUCACUGAGCAAUCUCACGCGGUCCCUGUCGAUGCUUCCGACCCUCGAGCGGACCCUCGCCGACCUAUCCGCGCGGUGCCAGGAUAUCUUCGCCUUGGAGGCGGUGCUGAACAACCUCCGCCCGCCGACACACCCGCUCUUCCCUUCGGCGCAGCCGGUGGCUACAUCCACCAAUGGCACGGGCGAACAGGGUGACGCGCAGGCCCAGACCAGCAGCAAGAACAACCUGCUUCAACCGCUGCUCAACUCCCUCGACACCUCGUCCCUUCCCUCAUACUUCUGGCGAUCCUUGGCCUCGUAUCUUACGGGCCGAGUCCAGGAGAUCAUCAACCGCGGCGGCGUCUCGGCUCGGACCUUGCGGUCGAAUCGCGACCGCAUCAAGAAGGAUGUCAGGGAUUGCGUUCUGCGGGGCUCUCAGCUGCCCACCUCCGUUCUGGGGACCGAAAAGCGACUGGGCGGCGAAACGGCGACGGAGCGAAAUUGGGAACGGGAGGCGGCGGUCAUGGUCAGUUCUAUUGCGAGUGUCCUGGAUAAAUGAGAGGGUAUGCUGUAACUCUGUAUAUCAUAAAUCAACAGUCCAGACUACAGGAGUCGAAAAGAAACCGAUCUCCUCUGAGGAAAAAAAAAAUCGUAUGUAUGCAUAGGUAGAGAGUAGAC